AAAAUGAGGAUGGGAACAGGCCAAGAUAACAUUUGCUUUGGUUCUUCCUUCAAUAUUUGAAGACCUAUAAAUGCAUGCUCAUUAAUUCACCAACCCCUACAAUUAAAGAAAUCACAACUAACCUCCCCCUACCCCCACCCCCACUCCCCAACCCUGUCUCCUCCCUGUUCCUUGUUCUCUAAUAAUAAUACCCUUUCAAUCUGCCCCCUACCAACAGCCUAUAACAACAUACAUUCACAAAAGAAACAUCAUAACAAAUCAAGAAUCCGUUGUUUAAGCUAAGAAAUGAUGAAAAAGCUACUUCUUGCUCUUUUUCUCUUCCAUCUUUCCCACUUCACCAGUGGGAAUAAGCCAAUAAGCACACUAUCAUUGUCGUCUUCUUCUUCUACUGACAUUGUCCGCACAUCUUGCGUGCACGCUAGCUAUCCUACAAUUUGCGUCAGAACUCUCUCUUCCUACUCUGGCUCUGCCAUCAAGACUCCACAAGAUUUAGCUCAAGCCGCGGUGAAAGUCAGCCUUUCCCGCGCCCACAAAUCGUCUGGCUUCCUAUCCCAGCUGAAAGUGGAAAGCAAGAGAGAGAAAGGAGCAAAGAGUGACUGCAUUGAACAGAUUGGUGACUCAAUGGAUGAGCUGAGCAAGUCUCUGUCAGAACUCAAGCAUCUCCGCAGAGGCAAUGCAUUCAAGUGGCAAAUGAGCAAUUUGGAGACGUGGGUCAGUGCUGCUUUGACCAAUGAAGACACUUGUCUUGAUGGGUUCAAAGAAAUUGACGGCAAACUUAGGUCUGAGGUGAAACGCAAGAUUACCAAUGUUGCUAGAGUUACAAGUAAUGCACUCUACCUUAUCAACAGACUUGAUGAUUCUCAAAACAAAAUUGCUCAUCCUUGAUAAUUAAUUCCGUUAAUUAAUAUUACCAAAGUAUCAUGGUUCGAAUCAUGAAAACAGCACGGUAGGAUUGGUAUAAUACACUUUUGUGGUCCAGAUCUUUCCGAAGCCUGGCUGCUUUUUCUUUUUUCUGCUAACUAUAUGUGUAUUUUAUAAUUAAGUUAAACAAGUAUUAUUGAUGGUGCAGUUGGUAAGAUUGUCAAGUUCUAGUUUGA